AGACGCCCCUUCACCUCCCCCACCCCACUCUCUCGGCCUCAAUGACUGUCCGACAGUCACAGUGACCGUCUGGCCGCGAGAGAAGAUACACGAUGGCGUCCUGGCGGCAAUGUCGCGUGCUGCUGGUGUUCCUAUUGGUGGGAUGCUGCGCAGGAAGAUACAUUCUGACCACUCCAAAGCGCUGGAUGACAGGAGGAGCCACCCAAGUUUGUGUGGAGGUGCAGGAGCCCUCAGCACAGCCAGGGCACCUCACGCUCUCAGCCAACGGGACCUUAAUGUUUUAUGACCAGCCUGACAUUGACAAUGACAGGGUGCUGCUGGAAGAUGUGUCCAUUCCCAUUCCUGCAGGGAGUGUGAAUUUCUGCCAGAAGAUUGAGGUGCCUGGGAAAAGUUUCUAUUCUGCCGAUGUGUGGAUUAGAGGAGAGAUCUCUGGGGAGUCGGUCAACAGGACAGUCAGUGUGGAUCUUGAAGAAGUCAGGACAAAGACAUUCAUUCAGACAGACAAGUACCUCUACAAGAAGGGCCAGAAAGUGCACAUUGGUAUCCUCACAGUGUUCUCUGUCAAUCUUACCGUCAGUACUCAGCCGUACACCAAGGUGUGGGUUACAACACCAUCUGGGACGCGCAUCGCUCAGUGGACCAAUGUGGACAACACAGGUGGUCUGGUCCACCUUGACAUGACCCUUGCAGAUGAGCCAGAGCAGGGCCAAUACAAGAUUCAAGUGAAGGGGCAGAAUGGCAAAACACACAGUAAUACCUUCGCGGUGGAUGAAUACAAUCUCCCACGUUUUGAGAUCACUGUCAACGGCCCUGAAACUGUCCUUGCUUCCGACAAGUCUUUCUCCAUCAAACUGUGUGCUAUGUACAUGUAUGGACAGCCAGUGAAUGGAAAUUUCACGCUGGAAAUAAAUAACAACAGUCCAACAAAGUGUGCCAACAUUUACAACAUUACUGGUUUUCUGACGGGAUGCAAGGACUUCACUGUGUCUGCAGCAAGCCUGAGAAUAGUGGACUGUGCCGUGUCAGAUGUGACCCUUGUGGGUCAGGUGACAGAGACAGGGACGGGUGUGACAGAGACUAGUGAUGUGAAGUACAUCCAGGUCUCAAAACAAGGUGUCGUCUUCAAGACUGUGUAUCAGGAUAACAUGAAGAAGCCUGGAUUGCCUUACACUCUGAAGGUGAAAGCAGAUAAGCCUGACGGUACCUCAGCUGCUGGUGUACCUGUGGAGAUGUGCAAAGGUGACAAUUGCUUCAGCCUACAAGUCCCUGAAGAUGGAAUGUUGGUCACCAACGUCGGGGACGAGGAAUUCUCAAAUAUCCGGAUGAAAGCCCUCAACACUCGUGUCAUGCUUCACGAGUCAUUUUUCUCCAUCGACGUGAACUACUACUACUCUCCAUCCAAGUCCUCCCUCCUCAUCUACACCCCUGACAGAAAGCUGCAGUGUGCCAAGGGUGCAUGGGGCUCUGAGUACCAGCUUCCUGUGUUCUUUGUCAGCGACCUGCCUAAAACAUCCUUCACUGUGCAGAUCAUAGCCAGGAGCACCAUACAGUACUACAAGAAGACUGCAGAGAUAGAUCUGACCCCUGGGGACCUGCCCAUUAGACCAGGGGAGCAGGUAGAAGCCUUGGAGGACCCACCAGUUGGUACCAAGAGGGGUGUGGUGUACAUCCCUGUCACCCUCAACAACACCAUCUCCCCUGUGGCCAAGGUGUUUGUUUGGAUGGUUCGGCCUGAUGGGGAGGUAGUGUCGGAUGCCAAGGAGGUGAAGAUGGAGAGGUGCCUGCUGAACCAAGUUGAUAUGGUGUGGUCUGAGACAAUGACCCAGCCAGGGCAAGGAGUAGAGAUGAAGCUGUCCUCUGCUCCUAACUCACUGUGCAGUCUUGGAAUGGUGGACAAGGGCACAAUCCUGCUUGACCCACGUUCCACUGUCUUGACUAUGGACACCAUCUUUGGACACCAGCAGCACAGCUCUUACACCCUGUAUCAACCGUAUUACGAGACCCAGGAGUACUGCAGGUACAAGUAUGGAUUCAGUGACUUUGGGUCUUACUUCACAAAACACUAUGAUGCCUUGGGAAUGUUGGAACCUGACCUACACGUGCUGUCCAACCUGGUGCUGGAGACACGGCCCUGUGAAGAGGUGCCUGAGGGGAUAAGUGGAAACGUCAUAUACCAGGGGCACAAAGUGGCGUACUCUGGGUCAUUUGGGAUGGAAAAUAUGAAGCCGAUGGUAGAAGACAUGCGCACACAGUUCCCAGAGACUUGGAUCUGGGACCUCUACCUCCUUCCGGCAUCUGGUGUCAUCUCUCGGAGUCUCAGUGUUCCCGACAGCAUCACAGAGUGGGUGGGGCAGGCUGUGUGUGUGAGCCCAGAGAAUGGACUUGGCAUGUCUCAGCUCACCAACAUCACCACCUUCACUCCCUUCUUCUUGGACCUCACCCUGCCUCCCUCCAUUAAACGUGGGGAAACUCUUGGGGUUCUUGUCUCUAUCUUCAACUACCUGGAGGCUUCUCUGCCUGUCACAGUUCAAGUGCACAGUAGUGAUGAGUACAACAUAAUCAGGGACCCACCAAGCCAGCAGGCAGAAGGGGUGGUGGAUGUGUGCGUGGCAGGUGGCAGCAAAGCAGUUGUGGAAGUCAAGAUCAAACCUACCGUCAUAGGCCAGGUCAAUAUUACCGUGGCGGCUUCAGUUGACCAGACAGAGGACAACACAUGUGGGACCCCUGCUGUUAGGAUCACCAGAAGAGAUGCACUAGUAAAGCCAAUCACAGUGAAGGCAGAAGGUUUUCCCAGGGAGAAGACAUGGAACAAAUACAUCUGUGCUGAAGAUCUGAGGAACGGGAGUGACUCACUGGGACGCUGGGACGUAGGGGCUCCCAGUGGCAUUGUGGAGGGCUCAGACCGUGGAUGGGUGACCGUGGUGGGCAGCCUCCUCUCCGUGUCCCUUGAGAACCUUGGCCACCUGAUCAGAAUGCCUUAUGGAUGUGGGGAGCAGAAUAUGAUAAACUUUGCACCAAAUGUGUUCAUUCUGCAAUACCUGACAAACACGCGACAGGACACACCAGAAGUCACAGCCAAACUCAUCAGACUAAUGAAUAUUGGAUACCAGCGACAGAUCCUGUACCGCAGAAGCAAUGGGUCAUACAGCGCCUUUGGCAACGCAGAUCCCUAUGGCUCAACCUGGCUCACAGCCUUCGUGGUCAAGUCCUUCGCUCAGGCCCAGCACUACAUUACUAUUGAUGUGGAAGACUUAGGGCAUUCCCUGAAAUGGCUGAGCCACACACAGGCAGUGGAUGGUUGCUUCCCUUCCCUUGGCCAGGUGUUCAACAAGGCUCUUAAGGGUGGCAUUGAAGGUAGAGGCAGAGAAGCGCUGACAGCAUACGUUCUAAUAUCUCUUCUGGAAGCUGGGCAGGAAAGCUUCAGCCCCACAGUGCUCAGUGCUAAAUCCUGCCUCCUCUCACAAGAAUCACCCAGCUACCACCCUUACAUCCUGGCACUCAAGGCCUAUGCACUUGCACUGGUUGGGGUGCCAGAAGCAGGAGAUGCACUAAGGGCACUAAUGUCCCAAGCUGUGGUGACUUCAAACUCCACCCACUGGGAACUGCCUACUGGAUAUAGACAUAGUAACUCCCUAAAAGUUGAGAUUGCUGGCUAUGCUGCUCUGGCUAUGAUGACUUAUGAUGCAUCAACCUACAAAUACCAGACUAGGAAGGUUUUCAAGUGGAUCACAGCUCAGAGGAAUGGACAGGGAGGCUUCUACUCUACCCAGGACACGGUGGUGGCUCUGCAGGCCCUGGCUAAGUACGAGUCCUUGCAGUAUCAGGGUGAUAUGAAUCUGAAGGUGACAGUCAAGGGGAAUGCCAUUGAUCACUCCUUUGCCAUCACAGAGAGCAACAAACUGAUCACUCAGCUGUCCCCUCUUGCAACGCUUCCCACUUCUCUGUCCCUGACCAUGCAUGGCAAGGGAUGUGCAGUGUUCCAGUGUGUGGUACGCUACAAUGCGCAUGAACCAGACUCAAGUGAUGCAUUCAAGCUAACCGUCAAGACACAAACAGCGGCUGACAGAACUUGCAAAACUAAAUGGAUCAAUGUUUGCGCCUCAUAUCUCCUUCCCGAUGUCAGUUCAAACAUGGCUGUCAUUUCUGUGGACCUGGUCUCUGGAUAUGUACCACUGAAGGAGGACCUGAAGGAAGCUGUGGAGAAAAGUGCAGGUGUGGUGAAGAGAUAUGAGGUGGAUGGGAAUAAGGUUAUAUUCUACGUAGAGGAGAUGUCACAGGGAGAGAAUGUGUGCGUGCGGAUGCGAGUGGAGCGUCUGGUGGAGGUGGAAGGUGCCAAGCCAGGGUCCAUCACUUUGUAUGAUUACUAUGAACCAGAGUUGUCCAUCAGUAAGAUCUACAGACUUCCCCCAAUUGAUGAGUGUCAGUAUACUUCGUAAGUCUCAGUCAGCCCUUACCAGCCUCCUAUCUACACAAAGAGUUACUGCUGUUGACUAGAAGGACCCUGAUGGGGCUGCUGUGGUACAAUGGGGCCAUGUGCUCUUUUUGGGGGGCUGUGGGUCCUGGGCACAGUCUAAAGGUAGGAAGGGAAGACGGUUCCCAAAUGCUAAAACGAAAAGUCCUUUGUUAGGAGGCACCGUCCUAGCCCUAAUAAAGUAGGAAAAACUGAGCAUAAUAUAUAUAUAUAUAUAUAUAUAUAUAUAUAUAUAUAUAUAUAUAUAUAUAUAUAUAUAUAUAUAUAUAUAUAUAUAUAUAUAUAUAUAUAAAGACUAUGUUCUGAGACUUGAGCUGCACCUCCACUACUUUCAAAUGGCUCUAGUUGAAAUUCCACAUUUUUUUAAGGUUACCAUUUUUAUGGUUCUAGUAAUAAAUUAAAAUUUCAACAUUAUUAAAAGGAGAAAUACAACAUUCAGAAGGCUCUGGUUGAAGUUUCAUGGAUUCUAGUGACAUUAACAAGAUUUCUCCAUUAACUGGAGAAACACUUGAGAACCUAGCUUAUCAAUGAUUAGCUGAAAUAACUAGUAAUCAUCUCUAUGGCCUUUGAAAAUAGUCAUGGUGACAGAAUAAAGUGUUUCAGAAUACAAGCCAAAGUGCUUGUCUCAGUAACUCAGUUUUUUUUUUUUUUUUACUUACACAUGGUGCAGUAGAAGUUGUAGGAAGGUUUCCAGGAGUGCUUUCAUGAUUUAAUUGAAGUUUUAAUGGUUCUAGUGAUAGUUGAACAAGGAAUUUUUACAAGGAGGGAAGAAAACUCAUGCAAAUCUAUCAUGUUUUUGGCAUAAACUUGUCACGGUGAGAGCAAAGUGUAGAUUACAAGAAAACUAAAUGCCAGGUGAAAUAAACAGAAGCAUAUUUUAGUUUAGGCAUGUGUAAAUAUAAAAGUUGAAUUUAAGAAUUGUCAACCACUGCUUUGUGAAAACAUAAACAACUUUCAUUC